AUGGAAUCAGCCCAGUACACGGAGGGCUCCUCGCCAUCGUCAAGUAGCAACAGUAACACCAGGCCUCAACCACGCAACAACUCUACGCACCAACAGCAAGCCAACGCUCAUUUGCCUAGGCGCAGGAGACCAUCUGCACGCCCUCCGUCUUCAGACUUCGUAGAGACAAGGUCUACAUCAGAGGGCUCAGACCGUGAACGCGGAAGCGAUGUCGAAGAACUUGGCCGUUUUUCACGAUCACUACCCAAGAUUAACUCGGGCUCGAGGCAGUCAAGGCUGGGAGCUUCACGGCGACAACAAUCAUCAAACCCAAGACCGGCGCCGGCACUGACCAUGCCAUCAGAGGAUGAGCAACUAGUUGAGCCGGUGCCUCGUCGGCCAGCGAUGCCAGUACGACGAUCUGCGCCCAGGAGAAUACCGCACCUUGGCGAAUCAAAUAUAUCUCAUUCGUCGGACACCGAUACGACGUCAAGCUCAUCAUCUUCGGGUCCUCCGCCUAUCCGGCGUCGUCCGAUCAGGACGCGCACAGAGAUGGAUUUGUCCUUGAGGGGACCGAUCCUUGAGAAGUCUGAAGAAGGCUCUGUUGUGCCUCCCGGUACAGAGUUUGGUCCCGGCUAUGACGGCGACAGACCGCUGCCUGUGCGAACUAGAAACCCGCGCGACAUUCUCAAUGAUGGCGAGCGCGGGUUCAUCGUGGACUUGAAGAUGAACCUAGAGGUGGAGAUUGAGCUCAAAGCUGCCAUCAUGGGGGACUUGACAUUAUCUGUGUUGUAA